UGAGGGCAAUAAACACGCAUCAUCUAAUUGAACUGAAUGAAGUGGAUGAGAAACAUCAGAUUGUAAAAAUAAACCAUAAUGUUUCACAGAAAGAAACUGAAGACAGAAGACAUAAAGUGUGAAAAUAGUUUCAGAGAAGAUGAACGCCCUGCAGAUCACAAGAGGACUCACAGUAAGGAGAAACCUUUCACAUGUCAACCGUGUGGAAAGAGGUUCACUUUUAAAUCAGGCCUUAACCAGCACAUGAAAACUCACAGUGGGGAAAAGCUACACAUGUGCCACCAUUGUGACAAGAGUUUCCCAGAUAGAAGUCAACUUAUAAUACACAUUAGGUCUCAUAAUGGAGAGAAACCUUACACUUGUCAUCUGUGUGGAAAGAGUUUCGGAACAAAACCUAACCUUAAACAACACAUGAGGAUUCACACCGGAAAGAAACCACAUCAGUGCCAUCAGUGUGAAAAGAGUUUUACAACUGCAGAUAAACUUAAGAUACACAUGAGGACUCACACUGGAGAGAAACCUUACACUUGUCAACGAUGCGGAAAGAGUUUCUCUGUUGAUAGUAACCUUAAGAAGCAUGAAAGAAUUCACACUGGAGAGAAACCUUACACAUGCCAUGAGUGUGAAAAAUGUUUCAGAUGUAGGAGUAGCCUUACAGCACACAUGAAAAUUCACAAAGAAGAGAAACCUCACGUGUGUCCUUAUUGUGGAAAGAGUUUCGGACAUAAAAAUUGGCUUAAGUCUCACAUAAGAAGUCACACUGGAGUGAAACCUUUCAGAUGCUCUCAGUGUGGAAAGAGUUUUUCCAGGAAAGACAAUCUUCAGAAACACAUAAGAGUUCACACCGGAGAAAAACCGUUCACAUGUCAUCACUGUGGAAAGGGUUUAACAAAUAAAGCUCAACUUAAUGCACAUGUGAGAAUUCACACUGGAGAGAAACCAUUCAAGUGCCAUCAGUGUGAAAAGUGUUUCAUAAGUCAAGACACUCUUAAGAGACACAUGACAAUUCACAGAGAAAAAACUUUCAGAUGCCAUGAGUGUGAAAAAUGUUUCAGAAGUAAAAGUAACCUUACAGCACACAUGAAAAUUCACAAAGGAGAGAAACCUCACGUGUGUCUUCAGUGUGGAAAAAGUUUCAGGACAAAAUAUAAGCUUAAUGUAAUUUUGAGAACUCACACUAAAGAGAAACCGUUCACAUGCCACGAGUGUAAAAAGAGUUUCAAAACGAAAGCUGUCCUUAACACACACAUGAGAAUCCACACUCGAUAGAAACCAUUCAUGUGUCAACAGUGUGGAUAUGGCAACAAAGUUUAGAAAUCAGCUGAGGUCUUAUUAAUUAAACUGUCUGGAGGAUCCUUACUAAAAGUCUACAUGCGUACAAAAGCCAAAAAUGGUGUACAGCAAAAAGAUUCAGGCCGUUUCUCAAUAUGCGUUCUUGUCUGUUCUUGUGGACUUGUGAAACGUCAUCUGUCGCGGCCCAAGUACUGUUCCAAAUCCAAGUUCACAUCAAGCCAAGUUCACAUAACAUCCCCGGAUGUGUUCUUGAUCCGCUCAUUUUAUCGAGGAUGCAUCAGGAGGUGACUUGUGUGGACUUACAGUGGGGCUUGAAAGUUUGGGCACCCCAGGUAAAAAAUUUUUAUUAAUGUGCAUGAAGAAGCCAAGAAAAGAUGGAAAAAUCUCCAAAAGGCAUCAAAUUACAGAUUAGACAUUCUUAUAAUAUGUGAAGAAAAGUUUGAUUUUAUUUCCAUUCAACAUAACGGAAAACAAAAAAUGGCGUAUGCAAAAGUUUGGGCACGCUGCAGGGUUUAAUACCUUGUUCUGCCCCCUUUGUCAAGUAUCACAGCUUGUUAUCACUUUUUGUAGCCAGCCAAGAGUCUUUCGAUUCUUGUUUGAGGUAUCUUAGUCCAUUUUUCCUUACAAAAGUCUUCCAGUUCUUUAAGAUUUCUGGGCUGUUUGUCACACACUGUCCUUUUAAGGUCUAUCCAUAGUUUUUUAUUUAUGUUGAGGUCAGGAGAUUGUGAAGGCCAUUGUAAAACCUUCAGUUUACGCCUCUUGAUGUAAUCCACCGUAGAUUUUGAGGGGUGUCUAGGAUCAUUAUCCAUUUGUAGAAGCCAUCCUCUCUUUAACUUCAGCUUUUUCACAGAUGGCAUCAAGUAAGCAUCCAAAAUUUGCUGAACUUUUAUUGAAUCCAUUUUUUUUCAACUUGUGAAAUACAACACCAAAGCAUGAUUGAUUCACCCCCAUGCUUAACAGUUGGGCAGUUAAAUUCUGUGCCCUUUCUACUCCAACGUACCAUUGCUCAUUCUGGCCAAAAAGUUAUAUUUUAAC